AUGGAACCACCAAAGAAACAAAUCAAGCUAGGGAGUAGUAGCUCCAAUGCAAGAGCAGCAAUACCAACUUCACCACAUUCCAUUGAUGCAAUCAAGAACAUGUGGAGAGUCCAAGAAGGAGAAGAUGAUUGGGCACUUGUAACCUUUGUUGGAGAACAAAUCCAAGACCCAAGAAAGUGCAAGAAGGCAAUGGAGAAGGAAGCUAGGCUUGAGCAAGCUCUUCAAGCUAGAGUAGUGAGUACUCAACUCACCAAGGAGUUCCUCUCCACAGUAGCUCUUGCCUUUCCCAACCACAAUGGAGACCAACCAGCUGGUGAUGGACUCCUACUCUUCAAGAUAGGCGAUGCCAAUGGGCGCAUCUCCAUCUCAGCUCUAUGCCAACUCUUUGGACUUCCCAAUGAGACAGCACAUGACUUCAAGGAGAACUCAAAGAGGAAACAAGCUGCCUUUGCUGAUUGGACACACUUUGCCAAUGAACCAUUCUUGCCUUCAAGAUCAAAGGUGUCUAGAAUCACUCAUCCAGCCAUUCGCUAUGUGCACCGCCUCAUCUCCACCACUUUCCAAUGCAAACAAGAAGCCAACAAGGUCACAACUGAUGAGUUCUACAUCCUCACCACACCAUUCAUCAAGCAUGAGUACAAGGCCAACCUUGGACUUUUACUUGCCAAGACAUUCAUCAAUGUGAGGAAGCUAGCUCAAGACUUGGAAGGCAACAAGAAGCUUUGUGUUCGUUUUGGGAGGCUUAUCACGGCCAUAGUACAACAUGUGGGGAUUGACAUUCCCAACUAUGAGCCACUACCCAAGCCAACCCCUUUGGAUCUCCAUGCUCUUCAGCACAUCCACUUCCUAAACCGUUGGACUAAAGACCCAACUCGGUUUUGCUAUGAGUUUCCAAUUGGUCCAGCCAACACUUCCCUUGUCUUGCUGCCACAUGAAGACAUCCCAAGCCUACGCUCAGGUGUUGUCACUUUCCAGCCCAAUGAGGAAGACUUCUAUGUUCCAUCAAGUGAGAAACCAUCAUUCCCCAUGCUCACCUAUCGCACACUUCAGCAUGCAGUCAAGACUCAACGCCGCCACCAAGAACGCCAUGUUCUCACUACUGGCAUGGCCGCGAACCAAGCUCUAGACCGUGUUAACAAGCUGGAGAAGAUAGUGGAAUGCCAAUCUCGCUUCAUCUCACGCCUAGUUCCGUGUAGUUCGCCACAUUGCACCGGAGAGACUCUUUCGCCCUUCUUCCACCGCUAG